CAUGUUUUCUCAUUUUCAGGUUUUCACAGCACUGAAGUUUGAAUGGCAAUGGAUCUUGAACAUGUUUGGAGUUUGAAUCAAGAUCCCUGCACUGAUUUCUCUGUGACAUUUGCCUGACUCUUCAGUAGCCAUUUUUGCAUUUCUUUGUCACUAGCAUCUUGAGAAGAUGGAGCUUCGAGUUGGAAACAAGUAUCGACUAGGCCGAAAGAUUGGCAGUGGUUCCUUUGGAGACAUCUACUUAGGAACCAACAUCAGCACUGGUGAAGAAGUUGCCAUCAAACUUGAGUGUGUGAAGACCAAGCAUCCACAACUACAUAUUGAAUCAAAGUUUUACAAGAUGAUGCAAGGUGGUGUGGGAAUCCCUCAGAUUCGAUGGUGUGGCUCAGAAGGUGAUUACAACGUGAUGGUGAUGGAACUUCUAGGACCAAGUUUAGAGGACCUGUUCAAUUUCUGUUCACGAAAGUUCUCCCUGAAGACUGUGUUAUUGCUGGCUGACCAACUGAUCAGUCGCAUUGAGUAUAUCCACAGCAAGAACUUCAUCCAUCGAGAUAUCAAGCCUGACAACUUCCUCAUGGGACUUGGAAAGAAAGGGAACCUUGUGUACAUUAUUGACUUUGGCUUGGCCAAGAAAUACCGUGAUUCCAGGACCCAUGCCCACAUCCUGUAUCGGGAGAACAAGAACCUCACUGGAACUGCCCGAUAUGCUAGCAUCAACACCCACCUUGGAAUUGAGCAAAGUCGACGAGAUGAUCUCGAGUCACUUGGCUAUGUGCUCAUGUACUUCAAUCGUGGCUCUUUGCCAUGGCAAGGCUUGAAAGCAGCCACUAAGCGGCAAAAGUAUGAGAGGAUUAGUGAGAAGAAAAUGGCUACUCCUGUGGAAGAGUUGUGCAAGACUUACCCUGCGGAAUUCUCCACUUACCUGAAAUAUUGCCGUGGCCUGAAGUUUGAUGAGAAGCCAGACUAUAGCUACCUUCGGAGAUUGUUCCGUAAUCUCUUCCAUCGGCAGGGGUUCACCUACGACUAUGUCUUUGAUUGGAACAUGCUCAAAUUUGGUGCAAUGCGAAACAACGACCAGGAGAUGAGCUCAGAGCAGGAUGGCCGCACUUCAAUGCAGGCCUUAAGGACAACGCCUGGGUCAACUAGCAGAGGUACCCGACCGGAUCUUUCUCAGGGUCAAAUCGGUUCCAGUCCUGCCCCUGGACCUGUGAGGCCACGUCUUCCUGAUUCUGAACGUCGGAUGGCUGGUGGAAGGUCGCCACGCAGUGCCAACCCUGUCACUGCCACUGAAUUGAGUAAUGGAAGACAGAAUAGUGCACCGAUGGGGCCUCCUGUGAUGGCAGGGCCACUGAAUCUUCAGAGUGGACGACGGGGAUCCAGUUCAAAAGAUGCACCCCAUUCCCGCAUGAAAAAGUGACAAAACAAAGACCCCUGUUGCCCCAAAAACACAAACACUCACUACCUUAUCCCAAGCAGUACUGCAAAAAUUGGAAAAACCAUGCUAGAGCAUCAUGUUGCUGCUCUCUCUCUCUGAGGAGGUACCUUCAGCUUCUCUGCUUGUUUGUAUAGGUUGCCAUUGUGGAGAAAUGCCUUUUGUCCUUUUGCAUUCAUGAUGUUGACAUUCAGUGAUAUGAUCCUCUGUGCAUAUUCAUAGUGGGGUGACAGCUACCCUGCUUCCAUGACAAUGAGGUUUCUCAAAAAUCAUUUGGUUUCUGAGCAGAAGGGAGAAAACUGCAAUGAUGCUGAUGGCCAUGGAUGCGAUGAAGAGUUCCCUGUAUCUUUGCCUUUUCUGUUAUUGUGAUAUCACCAUUAUUCUUCAUGUAGGGCUCAUGUCUUCAGUCGUGGACUUACAUCAUCAUCAUCAUCAUCCUUGGCGUUAUAAUCAUUUACACCAAUAAUGGCAAAAUCAUAAUCUUUGUUCUUGAGAAGCAUUUACUUAAUUAUUGUUCUUCACUCAAGUGAAAUGAUCCUGUGAGUAUGGAAUGCAACUCGAUUCCUGACCAUUCUACUCAGGGUUGAAUUUGUAAUUCCAAGUGUUGACAAUUGAAAUGUCUGAAGGAUCAUAUAGUGCUUGAGUUGAUGGGAUUCUUAGAGAUCCUGAAUCUGACUGGCCAAUGUUUUCCUUUUUUUUGUUUUUCUUAGAUUUUACCUGCACCCUCUACCUCAGUCUGUGAGAAGAAAUUUCAACUCAUGUUCUGUUGAGGGUGUUUGGGGUGAUAAUUUCCAAUUCACUCAGUUCACUUGUCACAGUGACAGAACAUAACCUUCGUAAAAAAAGAAAGUUGCCUCUUUGUCUCAUAGCUAUCCUUGUGUGUGUUGGUUUUCGAUUUCAUUUUUCCUCUACACUAAGGACUCACUUUGACCAAGGUGAGGAAGAGAGAAACUUCAACUCAUAUCUCCUUCUUUUCCAGUGCCACUUCAAUCUUUCAUGUUGUGUUUUUCUUCUCUCUCUCUCUCUCUCUCUCUCUCUGCUC